AUGGGCUUCACGAAGCGCCGAUCGGAACCCGACGAUGUUCCCCAUGACUCAGACACUCCAUCUCUGAUCUCAGACACUCCCAUGACGGUCGACCAGGAUGCGCCACUGCUCCAACUACCGCCGGAAAUCAUUCACCAGAUUCUAGCUUCUCUCCCUUGCCAAACUCUCGUUUCUCUAUCACGGGCAUGUCGGCAACUACGCGGUCUGGCGCAGACAGAUUUACUGUGGGCUGACCUCUUGCGACCCAACAUUCCUCCCGAAGACUUUCCACCGGACCCAUACCCGUCUUCCUCUUAUCGCGACCUUUACAUAACCCACCAUCCAUAUUGGUUUCUGUCGCGGUGGAAGAUAUGGAUAUCAGACGAACCCCACAUCGGCAGGAUCAUGAUCUGCAGGUUCGACCCCAGGAGAGGGUGUAUAGAAGGCUAUCGGUUGCUAGCCGAAAGGAGUCCUUCCUCAGGCGUGUUAUGGCCAUAUAAUGAGACGGUACACAUCCAUUUGUUCAAUCCACGGGUCCACCUGUGGCUUGACGAUCCAAUUUUGAAAUUAGCACACGACAUUGUUCCUUUCAAUACCCGACAGGGGUGGUGGGAAGGCGAGAUCAAAAUGAGUGUUGGGCGGCCUGGGCACAACACAUCUGCCUCAUUUUUCUUGACUCGAGACAUUCCACCUCGACUACAAGACAGGAGUAUGGAACUCUGGCCACCACGCACAAUCCCAAACAUGCCUCGUGUACGAGCUGCCAGUGUCGACAAAUUUAGAGGCCGAGGACACAAGCCCCAGAAGUAUAAUGAAAUCUCGCAGACGACAUUCAGGAUGAGGCAUUGGUCGCAAUUCAGCACAGGCAUGUCGCAUUUUGGAAUCCGCAUUGGAGAGGAAGUCAGCACAUGGAGUACCAUUGACCCUGCUUUGUACACUCCCUCGAAGGAGAGACCAUAUCAGGGUAUCUAUGUCGGCGACUAUGCUGGACACGGCUGUGAGUUUCUUCUGGUGAUGCAGACGGACAAAGCUCCGGCCCCGCCUCCAAGGACUACCACCAGCCGCUACUAUGAAGCCAUGUCAGAGGAGCUCGAAGAACAGAAUACAGUCCACCAAAAUGUGCACACAUCCAAUACGCAUCCGCAAAUGGAUGCCGAUAGUGAGAUUUUCCGUGGCGCAAUCGAGGCGAUUAAACUGACAGGUGACCCAAAUAUUCCACGUGGAGAGCAUACGUUCAUCGCAGAUGAUAUUGGGCCUGCUAGUCUGAUAAGAAUAGCAGAUGAACGACCGUUCAAAGGAGCCAGAAUUGUGAAGAGCCGUGGGCACGUGGCCGCGAGAGGAUUCCAAAACGAUGAAUGGAUCCCAUCCCAGCUGAUCAUGGUAAAUCAUAACCUGCUCGCUCAGUAUUGGCUGCCUUUUGGUCACAUUUCCUACUAUCAGCGGAUCGAUUUGGAGAAACUAAUAGAUGACACUUUCCGUUGCGGUUCAUAA